GUGGUCGGGCCGCGGGCGGGCGGGCGGCAGCCGGCGGGGUGUGGGGCGGGCACUCAGAUGAGCAGGCGCUGCCCGCCGGCCGCGGCCUCGUUGCUGCGGGGGCUAGUCGGCCCCGCUGUUCUCUGCCUGGGCAGGAGCAUGAGUCUCUGCGGGGCGCCGGCCGCCUGCGCCGCGGGGCCUGCGGGUGCUGGUGGUGGUGGCAGUGGCGGCAGCGGCGCGGGGUUCUCCUCAGCGCGGCUGAGCCCGCCGUGGCUGAGGCUGCCUCAGGUGCCGGGCGCGGAGCCGCACCGGGCUAACGAGUUGCUGCUGCUGCUGCCGCUGGCCCCGCGCGGCUCGGCCCCGCCGCAACAGCAUCACGUUGUCUACUUCCCGGGAGACGUGCAGAACUAUCAUGACGUCAUGUCUUGCCACCCAGAAAACUUUCAGUGGGAGCACUGGAGUUUUGAAAACGUUGCGACCAUACUUGCCCGACGGUUCCCUAAUAGCUUCAUUUGGGUUGUAAAAUGUUCUCGAAUGCACCUGCACAAAUUCAGUUGUUAUGACAACUUCGUGGUGAGCAACAUGUUUGGAGCACCAGAGCACAGCACAGACUUUGGAGCUUUCAAGCAUCUCCAUGCAUUGCUAGUUAAUGCAUUCAGACUCUCUCAGAAUAUUCUGCUGUCCCAGAAAAGCAUGCAUGGUGUCAGCAAGGAUGCAAAAAUAGCUGCUUGUAAAUCACAGCCGCAGUCUGUUCCUACAACAAAUGGUGGCUCAUCCACGGGAAGAGAGAAAGAUUGUGAAUGCUCUAAUAAUUCUGCUAUGAACUUCAUUGUACCAUCUGCUGUAGGUGCAGCAUCAUUUACUUUGAUUGGCUUCAGUAAAGGUUGUGUGGUUUUGAACCAGCUACUUUAUGAGCUGAAGGAAGCUAAAAAAGACAAGAAUACAGAUGCCUUCUUAAAAAACAUAAAAGCAAUUUACUGGUUGGAUGGUGGUCACUCGGGAGGAAGCAAUACUUGGGUUACUUACCCUGAAGUGCUGAAAGAACUUGCGGAGACAGGAGUUGAAGUUCAUGCUCAUGUUACGCCAUACCAAGUGUUUGACACAAUGAGGUCAUGGAUUGGGAGAGAGCACGAGAAAUUUGUACAGAUACUUGAAGGAUUUGGUGUAGAAGUAAAUGAUCAACUACAUUUUGCUGAUGAUGAUCCCUCCUUAGAUAACCAUUUCAGAGUUCAUGAAGUAUUUUGAAACUUUAUGUAUCUGAAUAGUGUAUUCAUUGUAAAAGCACUUUUAACAUUGUAAAUGUUUUCACCUAGAUUUGCAACUUUGUGCAGAUGCUUUCUGAAGAGAAUAUUAGAUCAGUCCUGUGUUGCUGAUAGAUACUAUAUAUAAAUUUCAGUAGUUUAAAAGGGAGGUUCGGACCCCAUAUCUACAACAGAUGUUGUCACUUAUUCCUAGAAAAUAUGUUAUGAAGAACUAUCCUAUACAUGGUUGGGUUUUUCUGUUAAAUGUGAACAUUUAUUCUGAAGCUAUUGGCAAAAUUUUUAGUCUUGGAUGUCUAAUGUUAUAUACUGCCUUUAACGGUAGUUUGAAGUACUCAAGCCCUUCAAAUUUUGGAAUACUUCAGUUUAGUAUUAGGGUUAAAAGCUUUGCUCUUUGUCAAUAACAAAUGUGAGGUUAGGUUUUUGGCUUAAGGAAAAUUAUAAUUGUUAGAGCUUGUUAGAAUCUUAGUUAUAUACUUUGGUGAAAACUUAUAAUUAGUUAAUUAAAUCUUCCAGUUUUGUAACAUUUCUCCUAAUUGAAACAAAGUCACAAAUAUUUACCUCUGGAAUAAUAGUGCCAAUCCGUUUUAAUUCCUUAUGCGUGCCUUCCCUUUUCUGUUGCUAUAAAGCUCCAUUAAUUCAUUGUAUUUAUGUUCUAGUGAUAGUCAUGUCACCUGGAGGCUUGAAAAUUUUGACGUAGCUAUAUUAAGUGACCAAGAAUGCUGAUGAGUGCGUGGCUUAUUGCUGUUUCAACAUACCUUGCUAUUGCUUUGACUAACUUCUCAAAGGACCAGCAGUAAUAUCUGUAUUUUCAUGUCAAGAGGUGUCCUUACCCCUGCAUUGGACUGAUGAGGUUUUCCUUGCUAAUGAUUGCAUUGAUGUUGAUCUAAAUCGAGCUGUAAGAACUUCACAUAUUGCAAGUCGCAUAAAAAAAAUUUA